AUGUCAAAAACCCACAAGCUUACACCUUUUGAGCGUGAAGAAAUCGUAGGUUUAUCAAAGGGCGGACAUAGCAUAAGAAACAUCUCAAAAAUUCUUGGCAAACCAAAAUCUACUAUCUAUGAUGUAAUUAUGAAAUAUAAUAAAGAUAACUGCACUGAUACUGCAUCUAGGAGUGGUAGACCUCCAGCUUUAUCAAAACAAGAUAAACGUCAACUAAGAAGAAUAGUUCGACGAAACUGUAAACAAGCUGUGGAAGAAAUUACUGAACAAUUUAACCAGGGUCUUAAUAUUUCAUUAAGUA